GUUUGUUGGUAGUUCUUUUUUUAAUUUUUGGUACUUUCUGAUUUCUCAUUGAAAAAAAUACCCGAAAACGAGUAUUUAAUCGAUUAAAUACAGUCAAAAAUGCUUCGAUUGAUGCUCUGUGUCACCCAAAUCGAGCUGUCUCCAUGAAAUUUACCUAUACCAUCAAAUUUUGUAUUAUAUUUGGUUGGAAAGUGGUUCAAGAUUAUUUGAACAUCAAUGCCAAUAUUCAAUCAAAUAGCUUAUAAAACCUAAACCCCUAAUAUUGCCUAAUUCAAUGGACGAAGGACAAGGGCCACAAUAUGCUAUCCAAAUAGCAGUGCACACCUUACGUGACCGAUGCAAAAAUUUACAACAACAUGUAGCCCUGCUAGAAGAAGAAAAUGUCAAAUUGAGGAUUCAGUGUAGCAGAAAUGAAGAAUCGAAAAAUUCCUUGAGUGAAUUAGAUUCUUUAAGGGCACAGGUUGCAGAAUUAUCAGAGCAAAAAGAUCAGUUGCAUAACAAGGUAAAGUUAGUUACAAAUGAGAAUCAAGAGUUGUGGAGUAAACUUAGUAAACUUACAAAAGUGAAUAAAUCAUUGGGAAGUCAGUUAACGAAAAUUAAUGAUACUCUAAGUCAGCACUCAAAUGUUCCUCCUCAACAUUCAAACUUAAUCAGAUCUAAAACUUUCACAAAGUCAGAAUUGCAGACCAAAGUUUUACAGAAAAACUUGGAAGAGAAUGAUAAAAUCAGUUUGGAACUUGAAGAUAUUUCUUUGAAACUCUCUGACAGUUUCACUAAACAAAGAAAGGAAUUAGAUUUGUUAUGUACAGAAAUUUCCGAAAUGAAUUUUUCUACUGACGACCUCCUAACGACAGAUAAUUGUGGCUUUUUAUUCGACGAAGAAUUAGAAAAUGACACCCUUACAGAUAUUGAAACUUUUGGUGAAGAUUUGAAAUUAUUAAAAGACAUAAUCGUGCAUCAACAAACUGUCUUAGAAUUGAAUGUGAAAAAUAUGCAACAGUUAAAAGAGAAACUUCAAUGCAAAAAUUGCCAGUCCCAAAAGGCUACAAUAGAAAAAAGCACCUCUACCCUGGACUUGUCGCAGAAAACAUUUGAGAAUAAAUUCACUGAAACCGACUGUGCUGAUAAAAGUCUUGGCAACAAACAAAGUCCUAUAAAGAGACAAAACUAUCCGGAUUUUGCUCAAGCCAAUGACAGAAUUUGUCCUUUGUGUUCUAAAGUUUUCCAUAAGGAAAUCGAAUUUGUGAUAUUUGAGAGGCACGUUCAAGAUCAUUUUGUUCCUGACGUGGCUGGAUUUGAACUUUUAUAACAUAAAAUAUAAUAAUUAGUAGUUUUCUCUUACAUACUUAGGAAAUAUUGAAUUAUAUGUAGAUUUUUCAAAUGUCUAGUUCCAUGAAAAAUAUGUGUCAGGUGCUUGUAUUCUUAUCAAAAAUAGGUAUUUUUAAUGACUGUUUAGAUUUUGUUUAUCUCAUUUAUUAAAAAAUUACUUCUUGGGACAAUAUUGUUUGUGAAUUAUUGGUGUUAAUUGAAUUUUUUUUGUGAUUAGGCAUAUCUUGUGAAAAGUAAUGAAAGUAAUAUUUAAUUUGCGACUGGCUGGAAUCUGGAAUAUGUAUAUGUAUUAUAAAGUUUAGAUUUCAGGUGAAAAUAUGAGAAUUAUUAUUAUGUAAAAUAUAUUUAUGUUUUUCUAAUUUUAUGUUGUUUUUUUUUUAAUCUAAAUCCAAUUUUUUUCCGUACAUUGCUUUCUGUCUCAGAAUCAGAAGAAAAAUGCUGAUUUUAAAAAAAGGAAAUAUUUAAAUCUAUUCACAAUCAUAAUACAAUUUAAGGUACCUAAACAAAACAUCAACUUAAUUACUUGGGUAAUUUUUUCAACUCGUGCGUAAGCCAAACUGCAGUGGAAAGUAAUAAAAGCGACCCGCUUUGAUGGCUGGCAGCUACAGGAACUGGUACAUAAGUCAAAAGUGUUGUUAUACCAAGAGCAACCUACAAAUACCAAUUUUAAUUUCCGCAACCUUACAUUAGUUGACUUACUUGUAAAUAACCAACAGCAAGUAAAGCACUAGUGGCCAAAUAAGCUCUUCUAGGCAAAAUCCUUCUUCUACUCAACCACCAAAGGCUUGUAAUCAAAGCCAAAGUUGAGGUACCCAAAAUUCUGUGAUCGAAUUGUACAGUUGUGGGAUUUUCUGUGAAAUUCACCAAUUUAGGAGUGAAUGCAAAAAUAUCGUCUGGGACCCAUUUGUCUGCCAUUUUCGGAAAGGAAUUGUAAACUAGACCUGC